UAAGUACUCCCAAUGCACGUCCAUAAACGUUUCAAUAAUCCAUCGGGAGGGGUCACCCUGGUACUAACUGCUGAGAAUCCAGACGAUAUCUGGUGCAUAUACAACCUCUUGUCUAAGGGAGAUGAAAUAACAGUGUUUACUUCUAGGAAGGUGAAGAAGGAAAACGUCGAUACAGGCGCUGUUAGCCAACAGGUUAAGAAGUUCAAUAUACACCUUGAAAUCGAGCGCAUAACCUAUGCUUGUUCAGAGGAUGAUCUCCAAGUUUCUGGGAGGAAUUUAACGGACAAUCCUUAUGUCAAGGUAGGGCAGUACCAUACCGCCGAGAUACGUCCACAUUCUAAAAUUACCCUCACCAAGCAACUGUGGAACUCGUAUUAUAACGAUAAGCUGAGGGAGGUGACUGACAUAUCAGGCAAGGCUGAGCAAGCAUUUUUGGUCCUGGAUAAUGGCCGAGCUAAUCUCUAUUUUCUGUUGCGUUACCUCACCAAAGAGGUGUUUAGCUUGGUCCACAAUAUACCCAAUCGUAAAAUAUCAAACAUGAGGUAUUCUCAUCACCAAAAGGCCUUGGAAGCAUUUUUCAAGGCAAUUAUACAAAAGUUGGCUGAAACGAUUGACUUUGAAAUAACUCGUACAGUGGUAAUCACUGGACCCGGGUUUACGAAAAACAGUUUCUAUGAUUACAUGUGCAAGGAACUUGUAUCCAUUGGCCAUUCUGAACUACAUCGCCAUCUAAAUAAAUUCAUUGUAUGCGGAUCCACUUCAUCCGAUCGAAAUGCCAUCACUGAAGUCAUGGGCAAUGAACAAUUUGCUGUGACUAUCUUUGGUCAACAUUACAUAGAGCACAAUCGUGCUGUAGACAUGCUGCGCAAACGACUUGAAGCCAAUGAAUCUACAAUAUCCAUUGGUAUUGAGGAUGUGGCUUAUGCUACGGAGCUCGGUGCCGUAGAGAAGGUAUUGUUAUCUGAUGAAUUGAUAAGGACUGGUUCCACAGAGGUCAGGACACGGGUACAUAAGCUAAUAGAUAACGCUAAAUCGCAGGGUGCCCGAGUUUUAUACUUUUCUGAUGAGCAUGUUUCGUGCUCGUUUUUACGUAACUUAACUGGUAUAGUGGCGUUGCUUCGUUUUGCCAUUGAGGAGAAAUUGGAACAGUAGUAAUGAUGUCGAUCAU